AUGUCCGCCGACACAACCCCCAUAUCCCCCGCGCGCUUCGCCUCCGCAAUCAAGGACCUCUCCCUCAGCAUGCUGCACCUCAAAGUCCUCGAGAUCCGCAACUCCAUCGCCCACCUCCAAUACUCAAACGACCAGCUCGCGCCCUUUGCGCAAGGCACAUCUGUCGCUCUAGGCAGCAGCAGCACCACCACCACCACCGAAUCCUCCUCCUCCUCCGCCUCCAACAACAAUUCCGUUGAUGCAACAGCUACUACUACUGCGCCGCCGGACCAAGACUGCAUCGACGCCAUCAAGGAAAACGAAGCCGUCAUCGACCGCAUGGCGGAGCGCAUCGCCAUCAUCCGCGCCGAGGUCGAGGAGCGCGGGUGCAGCUGGACCGAGUUCCAGAGCCAGGACGAAGUCGAGGCCAAUAAUAAUGACAACACCAACCACCAAACCACCACAACUACUACUACUACUACAACGGCGGCGGCGGCGGCGGCCACGACGAAUGGGGAAGGACUGCCCAAUGGGCAAGGAGGACAAGCUGGUGCAGAGGAGCUGCCGCCGCCGCGGCAUUCCGCUUGGACGGACGGCACAUUCCAGACAGGCACGAUAUCCAACGGCCAAGUCCGCUUCGACAGCCAACCGGGUGCGCAAACGAAUCACGAUGGGGCGCAGUCAUCGUCGACGACGACAAGGGGACAGGGACAGGAGGAGAGUGGUGAUGGUGCUGCGGACGAUGGCGGCUUACAUCUAUAA